ACUGCAGCAUUGCAGAUAACACAGAAAAAAAGCAUCACAGCGGCGCCCUCUCCGCUGCAAUAUUUUUUUUGGGCAAAGAUAAAAGUGGCGUCGUCUUGCAGUUAAAGCCGCUAUGGCAGCAUAGAGGGCAUCUUCCCGGAGCGGAGAAUCCGCCGAUUCCUCGCUUAUAUGCCUUAAAGGAGGAAGCAGGCAGCGGAUCUUUCCACCCAGCAUCAUCCCGCGGACUCCAGAAAAGCUGCUGUUUACAUAUUGUGAAAUUCCUCGGGACAAAAAACAAAGCAGUGGAUCCCGAUGGCAUGGACACUUAUGCGAGGUCUGCCGCGCCGCCGUGGAGCCUGCUUGCCGUCUCUUCUUCCUUCGAUCCAGCUCCGUCGCCAUCGCCCCACAGCCCACAGAGCCCUGCCGCAACGCGACCAGCGACCACCGAGCCAAAGCAGGCGGCAUGAGGCUUGAUUCAGUGCAUUUAUCCAUGCUGAUCAUCGGGGUCUCAUUCGCCUGCUACCCCCCGAGUUUGAAUUCCCUGCAGGACCAGGCUUACAAAUCCGCCGUGGUGAUCGAGGGCAAGGUGCAGUCUACGCCUGGGAACGCGUCCGCGGAGCCGUACCGUGUGAAUGUCAAAGUGCUGGAUGUGUGGCCCUUAAACAGCGGGGGUCUGGAGAGAGAACAGCUCGUCACCGUGGGGGAAUUUGGAUCCGAGGCGCCGUGCGCCAAAGUGAAGAAGAACCACAAGUACAUUUUUUUCAUGGACCCCACUGACGAGCCGUUGGUUUUCAAGGCAUCGUUCGCGCCCCUGGACACGAGUGGGAAGAACCUCAAAAAGGAUGUUGGGAAGAUCUUGUGUGAAGACUGCGCUGCUGCUCCAAAGUUAAAACGGAUGAGGAAUCCAUCAAUAGUGGAUGAGGGAAGCAGGUUCACAGUUAAGUGUGAGGCCACGGGGAACCCUGCCCCCACCUACAGAUGGUUCAAAGAUGGCACUGAGCUUAAGAAAAGCAAAGUCAUCAAAAUAAAGACCAACCAGAAACACUCCAGAGUCCAGAUCAGCAAAGCAAAACUGGAGGAUUCUGGGAAUUACACGUGUGUGGUGGAGAACCCGCUGGGAAAGGACAACUCCACUGGCACUGUUAACGUCCAAAGCGUUCCCAUCCCCUCAGUACCCACAUCCUCAGAAACCACAACACUAUCUCAAGGCUCAGGCCACGCCAGAAGAUGCAACGACACGGAGAAGGCCUACUGUGUGAAUGGCGGUGACUGUUACUUCAUACAUGGUAUUAAUCAGCUGUCCUGCAAGUGUCCAAAUGACUUUACUGGUGAUCGCUGUCAAACCUACGUUAUGGCCAGUUUCUACCAGCAUCUUGGGAUUGAAUUUAUGGAGGCAGAGGAACUCUACCAGAAAAGAGUCCUGACAAUCACGGGCAUUUGUGUGGCUCUGUUGGUGGUGGGCAUCGUGUGUGUGGUUGCCUACUGCAAAACCAAGAAACAAAGAAAGAAGAUGCACAAUCAUCUGCGACAAAAUAUGUGUCCAGAACACCCAAAUCGUAACCUUGCUAAUGGACCCAAUCACCCAGGACCAGGCCCGGAGGAAAUCCCCAUGGUAGAUUACAUAUCAAAGAAUAUCCCUGCAACUGAGCGUGUUAUACGUCCUGCAACAGAGGGAUCGUUCCCCGCCAGCCACGCCUCUUCCAGAUCUCACAAUUCUUCCACGCGAGCCCAUUCAUCAACCAACAGACAUGAGGAACGGACAUGGAGCCUGGAUUAUUCUGACAGUAUCCACUCUGACUCACCUGGCAUGAUGUCAUCAUCCGUGGGGACCAGUAAAUGCAGCAGCCCUGCAUGCAUGGAAGCACGCGCCCGGCGGGCUGCACACUGUGGUUACUCUGACCCCCAUCGGACAGGCUUACAGUACGGGGACUCGUUCGACUCCCUGGGAGACUCUCCGCACAGUGACAGGUACGUGUCUGCCCUGACGACACCAGCCCGUCUCUCGCCGGUGGAUUUCCAUUAUUCAUUACCCCCACAGGUGCCUACCUUCCAGAUUACAUCUCCCAAUGCCAGCCACGCCAUGUCUCUCCCUCCUGCUGUCCACAAUCCCUACCCUCUGGAGGAUGACCAGCCUCUGCUGCGCCGCUACCAGGUGCCCCUACAUGACGCACAGUGCCAGGAGCCCUACCGGCAGCAGCGCCGGACCUAUCUAAAUGACAGUAGGGGCAGCUUGCCUUCCAGCCCCUACAGGCUGGCUGAGGAGGAAGACUAUGAGUCCACCCAGGAGUAUCUCUCCUCUCGGGAGCAACCAAAGAGAAGUGGGUCCAGUGGAUCUGGCAGCCGACGCUGGCACAGAUCCAGACUGAAUGGCCACGUGGCCCCACGUGGAUACGAAGCAUCUCGGGAUUAUGGGUCUCGAAGCUGCCUAACAGAUAGUGAGUCAGAGGAGGACGGGGAGAGCACGCCCUUCCUCAGUAUGCAGAACAUGAACGCCGAGCCCUCCACCAUCUACAGGCCGGCGGACAGUCGGACUUUUCACUCAUCAGGGCGACACAGUGGGAACACGCAUACAAGACUGACACACUCACGCUCCAAACCGGACAAUACUCCCCAUUAAAGAGUGAAAAUGAACCAACAAAAAUCAAUAUAGUAUAGACCUGCAUCUAUAAGAAAUAUUUUUAUUUUAUAUAACUGACAGAUAUUCUAAGCAAAUGAAAUAUUUAUUUUCAUUUUAGCAAAAGUUGUCUACUAGUUAACAGCAAAGACUUUUUUAUAGGGAAAACUCUAUUUAUAUGUACAUUUUGAUUUACAGCAUAAAAAGAUGUGCCAGUUUUUUCACAACGUUAAAAAAAUAGAGUAAUAUUGUGGUGCCUUUUGCUGUAUGCCGAUGCCAGAGGGCCAAUGGAGGUUUUUGUAGCCUUUCUUAUAUGAACGCCUCAUUUUUUUAUACUCGUUUGUUUCGUUUGUUUUCCUCUGUGGUUUCUUGUUUUACGUUCUUCCAAGUUUUAUUCUUUGAGGAGUCUAGCCCCGCUGGAACAUAAUCCCUUCACAUAUCAUGCAAUAUAAUCAACUUCAACAUAAAGUGUAUGUUUACAUUAAUAUGAUUCACCUCUAGUGUUUAUGAUUUGGGAUCUAUUAGAAUGCCUGAUAACUACAAUGAUCCUUUUUGCCCUCUAAUGUCUACAGAGAGAGAGAGAGAGAGAGAGAGUGCGAGUGUGAGCGUGACGAGAUUGUGUGCUUGAGUGUGCCUACAUGGUAGUUUGCUUGCGUGUGUCUGUGAUUGUUAGAAGAAUUUCUCUGUGUUGUGGCAACAUUAGACUUCUGUCUGAGCAGAAACGGCAGAGUGUCUGAAACGUUCACAGAACAGACUUUUAUCAGAACUGUGACUCCACCCCCUCAGUGAAGUUGGAUCGGUGAAACUGCCGUAAGUUAAGAAGGUUGUUGCUUCAUGUUUCUCCAGCUUUCAUGUCCUUUAAGGCUGCUAUUUACUUCUACGCUGCUGCACAUAAAUGUUCAGAAGCUGUUCAGCUAUAUAGUUGAAUAUAGCCACUAGGGGGCGGUGUCACACGUAGGGCCAGAAAAUGUAGAAGGCCGGACAUUUAUCCUGUUAGCACAGCGAUGGUGUCUCUUCAGGAGAUAUAAUGUACCAUAAAAUAAUGCAAUUAUUGUGUUGUCCAUGUUGCCACAAUCAAGCAGCCAUGUUGGUGAAAACAAGCCCAAAAUAACCGACUUCAAACGAAGAAGCCCAAAUAAGCAAAUGUGCAUUGCAAUCAAAAUUACUUCCAAUUUAAAUAAAGCUACUUUUAUAAAUAAACAAGAUCAAGGUUGUUAAAAAUAAUGAGUCUGACAACCCUGGUGUCCAGUGUGUUGAACUUUGGCUGGGUGUUACAAUGCAAAGCAUUAGCAUGAGGCAAAACCAAGACUUUGAGGAGUUGAGAUCAAGACCAAGCCUGCGCAAAAUUGAGUCAGCUCCAAGAUCUUCCAGUGCGAAUCCCCCACUGCAUGACACAUUGCAAAUAAAAAUUAAAACCAGGUAAAUCACAAUUAAUCUGAAAAAUCCAAUAGUCAUUUUCUUACCAUGCAGUAACAAAAAGGUGGUGACAUUUGAAGCACAGAGUUGUCCAUCCAAUCAAAGAAAUUAAGCUAAUGAAUAAUUCAGAUAAUGGACAGGACCUUUAGCGAAAUACUCACUGUUGUGGUUUUGUCUCAUCUUAAAAUAGAAUCCCAAGACUUCUAUGUACAAAGCCUGAGACCUUCACUAAGUGGUCUUGAACGCGGUCUUGAGUACUACACCCCUAGCAGGGUUGGGUAGGAUUACUUUGAAAGAAUACAUGUGGAUUACAUGUAUGUAUGUACAUACAUUUGCAUUACUUGUAAACUGAUUACUUUUGGAUUACAUUUCAAAGUAAUCCUACCCAACCCUGACCCCUAGUAAGCAUGGCCUUUGGUUGGCAGCUCCGGGUUGCUUGUGGUUGUCACAGCAGAUCCGGUAUGAACCUGCAACUGCCCCGUUUUAGUCAUUUUGUUGCAGUUCAUGCCUGUCACCCGAUGGUGGCAGUAAAUGCAACCAGUCAGCUUCUUUUGACAUGCAGCAGAGUUGCGGACGUCACAUCAGCAUGUCAGAUAUGUCACAUCACCGUCAUUGUAAUAGCAAUAAUUUCCCGUGUCAGUCUGAGGCCACACAGAUAUGCAGCAACACCAAUUUAGCAGAAAACAUGAAGAAGAAGCAGAAGAAGCUCAGAAUAGGAAAGAAUUUUCUCCUUGUUUGACAAGAUAUCUCUCUCGGGAAUAUAUCAUAGACUAAGGAAAUUAUUGUGCUCGCUGUACAUCCCAUGUGCUAAACUUAGCCUGUGUUUUUUUGUUGUUGUUUAUGUGAACAUUGAGCUAGCAUAAUCUGCUGUGUUAGCAUUGGUUCAAACCCUUCAACCAAUCAGCUUCUUUUAAUGUGCGCUAUUGAGAUUUAGGAUGACAACACUUCAGCAUCUGGCUUGUUUUAUUAUCCAUAAUUCCUGGUGUUAGCCUGAGUCCACACUGGCGUGCAACAGCGCAGAAGAAAAAAAAAGUAGCAUUAGCUUCCAGUCUGCUCCACUCAAAGUAUGUUUUCCUCAUGGUCGCCUCACACUUCUUACCGUGUCUGUUGUUGCUAAGAGGUCAAGAGUCACUGAAGAAGCCUCUGCCAUCGGAGGAAAUGAAAGUCUUUUUCUCUCUUGUCCCUCCCUAUUUCCAUAUCCCUCCAUCCGUCUGUGUCCAUUCUGUUUUCGUGACUAGCGAUAAAAGCCGCAGUGUCUCAGGAUUUCCACACGAUCCCAACACUUUAUACGCUCUUCACCCUUUUGCUCCACUUAAGGCCUACCUAAGACGACGGCCCACCUCAUAGAGUCGUGGGCCGACAUGUAAACACACGGCCUACCAUUUCCAAGGACACAUCCACACAAAGAGGCGGAAGUGGCAAGGACACAAAUGUCGAUAUCGGUGAAAUAGCUGUGAAAUGUCAGAGGGUCAUAAAACUGCAAAAAUAUGCAAACUUCUGUUUUGCAGUUUGAUUGCGUCAUUUUCUAAGAGGUGACUGUUGUGCGUGGAAACACUUUGUGAUGCCGCUGGUGUCAAAAUGAAAUGAUAUACAUGCAUAGUUACCAGAUUCUUUUGAAAGCUACCUAUUAUGCAGCCAUCAGUUGAAUUGUCAGCCUUUUGUUGUUCAUAUGCCCGUCGGAUGAUUGUGUCCAUGAAUUAUUUUAUGUUAAUGUGCACAUUUUCUUCAGGUAAUGUCAAAUAGCAUCCAAAUAAUGGGUCCUCUUACAGUACAGUGUCCUGCUUUGUCUUGUUGACAGUCACCCUGUUAAUGAUAAGAAUUUUGAAAAUUUACUGCUAAUACUUCUAUCCUCUGUCCUCCACUUUAAACACAAUUCAAGAAAAUGUCAAACUCAUUAAUUAAAGAGAAUCAGCAAGAGGACAGUGGAUAGAUUUUUUCUUUUUUGACUCAUUAUCGAUGUUUUCCAUUCCUCGUUAUAAAAAUUAACACUGACUUAUCAGGUGGAUAAAAUGAUCUUUAAAAGGUUGUCCUGCAAUUCCAGCUGCUGCGUGGCAAAUGCACAGUUGCACUGUUGGAGAGAACGUUCUUUGGUCACACAUCACUUGCAGAUGUUUCAUUGAGUUUCUCAACUCUGGGGUUAAUUUUGUACAUCUAAUGAAUGCAAACGAAGACAGUGCUCCUCUAGUGUAAACGUGAUACUGCCUUCACUUUGCCGAUCCUCUCACUGAAUUGAGAUGCUACCAGGCACAUCCUGCCAGUCUCUUUUGUUUAAUUUUAUGACCCCGUCCCCCGCUUGAAAUGUUUAAACACCUCUCCUCUGCAUGUCCUUGUGGUCAAGGUUAGAUGGGUGCAUGGUAAAAAAAAUAAAAAAUAACACUAAAAAUAUAAAAAAGCAGCAGACAAUUCUUUUCCAGUCAGUGAAAGUGUAUUUCAUUUAACAUUCAGCAAUAAAAAAGUACCCUGACCCAUAUCAUUCCUGAAAUAUGCUAGAAAAAAAGAGAAAAAAUGCGAGACUGUCAUAGAUUGUAAAAUAAAAUGAAAACUGAAACCACCUGUUCAUAUGAGAAAAUAAAUCUUUAUUCAUACCA